GAAAUUGAGGAAUGUUUAUAAAGCCAUUUGGAAGUGCCAGGGCAGGGUAUGUAGUAGCUACUGCUGAGAAAUAUGCUCUUAAUUGCUCGACUCCUUCCGCAAUGGAAGUGAAAGUGACAGGAUGAGGUAAAUUCAUCGACAAACAUUCUUGGCAGGCGAAAACGAGGAAUGAUGAUAGUUCCUUGAAAGUUCCAGAGUAGUGGCCACGAUGGUUGAUACGAGUCACGAGGCGGCGAGUUGCAAUUACAGUAUCAGCGUUGAGCUCAGGCUGCGGCUUACGCGAUUCAGAAGCGCAUGUGGUGCCCGUGAUGGCAGAAUGCCGUCGCCGAGUCUGUACCCUGAGGACGCAUAUAAAUGAUGUUAUGAAGACCAACUCGCUUCUCGUAUUCUCUUCCUUGCCUCCCCAACAACAAAUUUCGAUUAUCAUGUCUAUCAACGGUGUCCUUGUAAAUGUGCGUGACCCUGACUUCGUGUUGGGGACGCACAGAGACGGUGUGCACACGAAGGUCGAAGGCCAAGCCUUCAAUCAGACUGACAAUCAGAGGUGGACCUCGAGAUAUAAAUAUGUCAAAGAAACAGACAUGCGUUUGUGGUCGGUCCAGAACAAGGAUACUGGAGAUUACUUGUCGUGGAACUCGGGCAAGCAAGUCAUCAUGAGCGACACUGAGCACUGGUGGAAAUUGGUCUUCGUAGGCGGAAAUGUCGCAUUCCAAAUCCCCCAUGACUCCAAAGACGAUCAAAGCGUCUAUACUUUGGAACUUGAAAAUAAUGGAUCGGUGAUGCUAGCCCAUUGACCGUGGUACCAUAUUGUUCCUGAUGUUCGUUGCAGGUCACCCUUGAGGACCAACAGGAGCCUCCCAUCAAAAGGCAGUUGUGGAUGAUCCAGGAUAAAUAAGCAUGUACCUGAAGGAUUUCCUCCAGCUGGUUUGCCAGUAUGUUUCUAUGCGCUUGUUGCAAUUGUCACGGAGAUUAGGUUGCAGCCCGCUGUUUUUCAUGUUGUUCAUACAAGUAUACAUUGCUGUCCGCUGCAGCACAUGGCACGCAUAAGGUUGGGC